AUGGCCUCAUACAAGAAGAAGAACAUAAAUCUCAAUGAUUUCGAUGAUUCUGGGCUCAUAUGCUUCCUGGAAAGACUGAACCAAUCACAGCAUGACCAUCCCGCUCCACCUGCUGAUGCUGGGCAAGCAGCACUCUUUGAAAUGAUAGCUACGCAUGUGGCUAAGAGGCGAUUGGCCCGAAAUGAUGAGAUUGGCCAUAAGUUGAACGAUCACGAAAUCACGCUGCGUCGUCGUGCUGUGGAUUUGACACCUCCAAGUCAUUCAACUCUUAUCAUGAGACGCUUAGUUGCGGCAGAUGUACUUUUGGAACGCUUUGAAAAGCGUGAUCGGACUAUUGAAGACCUAAAACUCGCGUUUGAGGUGAUUGGUCCUGAUAAUGGGGCUCUCGUGGAUUACCUCCUUGUCUUUGGUCGUAUCCAGCGAUGCCGGUUCAUUGAAAACUUGGAUCAAUCAGCACUUGACACAGCUAUAGAGGUCCUGAGACAAUAUUCAAUUUCAUGUCCUCCUUCGGAGCUUGUACAACUGUACGGGAAUCUUUUGAUAACGCGCUACAGGAACACGGCAAUUCCUAAAGACCUCGAGGAAGGGAUAAAGCAGGCCGAAGAUGCCUCUAAAGGAGGAAGUGAGGACAACAAAAUCUUUGCUCUGUCAAACCUGGCGGAAUUUCUUCCAUUUAUGUUCGAACUGAAAAACGGGGCUGAGAGAGCCCUUCUGGAGAAAGCUGUGGAGUCUGCGCAAAUGGCCAAUUCCUUGGCCAUCAAGAAUAAAAUGGAAGAUAUUGACUUCGUUUACGGUGCUCUUGCACACGCAUUUUACCAUCGCUAUCUACAGUCUCGAGACCCGGAUCACUUAAAACAAGCACUAGAGAACGGAAACGAAGCAGUGCGACGUUGCAAGACUGGAGAACUGUCCAGGGCCACCUGGCUGAAUAAUCUUGGUUUGGCAUACCUGGCUAAGUUCCGUCAAAAGGUCAACAUAACCAGUUUGGAUAAAGCCUCCGAAUCAUUUCGUCUUGCUGUUCAAGAAUCUCGAUUGGGAAGCCAAACUCAUUUUUUGAGCUUAAACAAUCUUGCAGAUGCACAUGGCUUGAGAUUUGAAUGGACCGGAGAAACCGAAGCUUUGGACAUUGCUGUUUCCAAGUACAGAGAAUUGGUUAAUAUCCCAAAUACAAACGAAUUGAGGCGAGCUGAAGCCCUCCAAAAUCUGGGAAAUAUCCUUCUUCACGCUUAUAGACGUCAUCACAAGCUCGAGAAUUUGGAUGAGGCUAUAUCAUCGCUUCGUCAGUCGCUUGAGAAGUAUCCGACAGGACAUAAGGAUGUACCAGUCGUGAAUUCAUUUCUUUGCCGUACCCUUGUCAUCCGAGGCAAAGAAUCAAUUCAUGAGGACAGAAUGAAACAAGACAUUAGCAGCGCCAUUGAGUGCGGUGAAGAGGCAAGAAAAUCAGCCGCGCAAGAUGAUUCGCAACGACAUGUUAUUCUAAACAACCUUUCUCUGGCCUACUUUUUCAAAUGGAAAAGCGAACGGAACAAAUACAACAGAGAAACAUUGAAAAAGGCGAUAAGCUACUCGGAACAAACCCUGGAAGCGACACAUCAAGAUGCCCCUGAUCGGGCAUCCCACCUUGGCUACCAUGGCAAUUUGCUCUCUGCAGAAAUAUGGGACAAUGACGCAGAGGCUGAAUCUUCUAGUUUUAGUGAUCCACUAAAGUGUUACAAAGAAGCAGUGUACUUGCCUAAUGGACUGCCAUUAAUGCGCAUCAACGCAGGUCGACUGGCGUUGAGAAUUCUCGCAGACCAAAAGAAUUGGGAGGAGGCCAGUGAAAUUGGUCUUGCUACUAUGGAGUUAAUACCUCUGGCAUGCGGUAAAUACUUGUCAUUACAAGACCAACAACAAAUGGUUUUUCAAACCUCUGGCUUAGCUGCAGAGAUGUGUUCUUUGAUGCUGGAGCUGGGAAAACCAGAUGAGUCACUGGAACGGCUUGAGGCAGGCAGAGCCAUAAUUCUCGGGCUUUCUAUGAACGACAGUGACGAACUGUCAGCGCUAGAAAGUACUAACAAGAAUCUGGCGACCGAAUUUAAAGAUAUCAAAGCCAGACUCCGUGCUCCCCAUGAUCCCCAUGGCCGCAGACUUGGAGAAGAAAGACUGCAAGAGAAAUGGAAUGCAGAGGCUGAACUCACACGCUGUCUCGAAAAGAUCAGGAAAAUUGAUGGGUACAAAGACUUCCUUCGUCAGCCUUCCAAGGACCGUAUGAAAUCGUUGUCUGAAAAACAGAUUGUUGUUCUCGUGAUCAGUACUUACCUCAGAAGUGACGCUAUUAUCAUCCGUGGCUUAGAGAUCAAGUCGGUACCGCUUCCGAUGAUGGAACUGGACAAGUUAAAAGACUAUGGCUCACAACUAACCUCGAACUUUCCGAUCGCGGAUUUGCCCGCGAAAAGAGCAAUGGAAGUCAUUUCAAUGUCAAUCCCGAUACAAACAAGACAGACAUCACAGGGGUUUCUUAACUGGCUGUGGGUCAAAUGUGUACAGCCUAUUUUGUCUGAAAUAGGUAUUGGGGGUUCACAGAACGGAAUGCCUCGAAUUCUGCCUCGCAUUUGGUGGAUUGGGUCAGGCGCUGCUGCUAAUUUUCCCUUUCAUGCCGCUGCUGCUUCAGAAUGUGAUUCUCACCAAGAUACCAUGUCUCUGGUGAUUUCAUCAUACACCCCAUCCCUAAAGACAUUGUUACACGCCAUGCGGCGCUCCAAGCAGUCCCAAAUCAGAAGGAUUGAUUAUCAAAAGGAAAAUCCAAGCUUGGGAAUCAUCACAAUGAAGACCACACCGGGGGGGUAUGGGGACCUACCUGCAACAGAAAAGGAGAGGGAAGUGGUCAUGAAUCUCACCGAAAGCAAAUGGAAUUGUACCAGUAUUUCGCAACCAACGGCUGAUGUUGCGUUGCAAGCUAUUAGGGAUAGCGAUAUCGUCCACUUUGCCUGCCAUGGAAUUGCAGAUAGUAGGGAUCCAUUGGAGAGCCACCUUGUCUUGGAAAAGCCAAGCGGAAUCAACAAUGAGAUGGAAGUGGACAAGCUUACCGUAUCCCAGAUUUUGAGUAUUGAUGAACUACAGAAACCUUGGAUAGCAUUUCUAUCCGCUUGCACAACUACUUCCAUGGGUGGUUUGCGACUGUUGGAUGAAGGCUUACAUAUGUCAGGAGCUCUUCAAGUUGCAGGAUUUCCCCACACAGUUGGAUCCUUAUGGUCUGUGGAAGAUAGCGUCUCUGUUUCGAUCGCCCAGGCAUUUUACAAAAACCUUCUUAGGCUAGAAUACGCGUCCAUUGACGACAGAGCGGUGGCAGCAGCUGUCAGAGAGGCUGUCAUUGACACUCGACGUCUACAUCCAACUCCUUGGGCCAACUGGGCAGCUUAUGUUCACUCUGGCGCUUAA